CUCACGACCACGUGACCGCGUCACCGCAUGCUUGCGAUCAACAUGGCCACCGGCUCCUGGAGAGGCGAACUCAACGAGGUCGAGCUCCAGAUGCUGGAGUACAGCGAGUCACUGGGGCUCGUUCCGUACGCGGGGACGCCGUCGAAAUGUCUGAGUGAAGAGGACGCGCGGGCGGUGCUCGACGGAAGCCCCAGCCCGACUCCGGACCCAGAUUCGUGGCGGCUGACCACGACGGCAUGGUGCUCGUGCAAGAGGUGCGGCAUCAUGCCGACGCCUAAAGAGUGCAUCUGCUGCAGGGAGUGUCCCCCCGCGGUCGCGACUCGCCCGGGAGGGUGCAUCACGGAGCACAACAACUUCGCACCGAUCUGCCUCCAGCCCGGCGUGCUCGAAGUCGCGUUCUGGGCUCUGCAGGAGGCAGGUCGUCACCCGGCGCCGCGAGAACAGAAACCUUUCUGGGAUCCUUCGGAAUGUGCUGGCCAAGUAAAGAAGCUCGAGUACUCAGUGGUCACGGAGCCUCUCCUUAGUCCAGCUUAUACUUCCAGACCUCACUUCAUACUAAUCCCAAGCGAAAAGGAAGCAACGGAAGCGAGCGCAAAACUUUGGGCCUGCUAAGCACGCGUUCGUGAAGGCAAAUCGUUGUCGAAGACAGCGCACUCGUGCCUGUAACAUCAAUUUCAGUCAUACAAAAAGAAGAAAAAAAAAAGGAAUAGUUUAUCAAGGUCUAAUUUUUUGGGUUUUCCCUUUGUGAAAAAAGAAAAGGUAUGCCUUAUUUUUUAUAAUGCAGGAGUUUUUAAACAUGUGACAGUCUGGGGCUGACAAAACAUUUUGGGUGGCGCACACGCACGUCACCAUGCAGAUAUUCCCAUGGAAGAACACAACACUACGUUUAGGAGACUGCAUCACAACUCUCUGAAGUUGCCCAGUUUAUUUGAGCACAAGGUCUUGUGUAAUAGGACAAAAGGCGGGUGUGCUCUGCAUGAAGUGGCCCUAUUACCCGCUUAUAUUGUUCAGCCAGAAAUCGCAAAGUACAGACAAUCAGUAAAACAAAACAUUCAAGCUCGACACAUGAUGCUGUUUUUUUAUUACAUGCGGUCAAGUCUCCUAUGUGCACAAGUAACAUGGUCAGGCAUUCAUUGCAUCUUAUUGCACCGUCCAGCUUUUGAAAACAUCACAUCUCUGUAGUCCUGCGUUUCACUUAAUUAGAUACUCCAAAGUAAAUCUUGAUGUAUUUUCAUUUGUCACAUGCACCUCAAUUCCAUAAACCUGCCCUAUACUCGGAGUCCCAACUUGUGUGCAGUGUAGGCACAGGCACGAGCGCGUGGCUUCCAAACACACCCUCUGCGUGCAAGUGCUUGUGCACACAAAACACUGUGGAAAGCUGUGCCUGCACUGCACACAACUUGAAACUGAGUAUAGUAUCAUCGAGAUGUGUAGUGUGUCUUGGCUGGCACUUCAAACAUUUGUAUCAGUGGUAAUUGACCAGCUUUGUCCUUAUAAAUUUUCCAGGCUUCGUUUUGCGGCCUAUCACCAAUUCGUGCGGUGGAUGUGGCGGAGGCUGGGACGUCGCAAUCGACGUGUUCUACCGGCCUGCGUGGUCAAGAGGAUCCACGAUGAAUUCCCUUCGGA